AUGUUGGCAUCUUUGGCGGAAUUUUGGGAUGAUAUGAAGGUAUUUUGGGAUUUUCUGGAAGAGUUUGAAAAUUUUCAGCGUAUUUGAUUUUCCAGAAAAUUUUCCUCAAGUUCAUAAUUCAAGUUUUCAGCUCGAAUUAAUGGCAUUAGGAAGUGAUUAUAAAUUACCGCGAACGUUUCGAAAAGUUGAUGAAGCGAAGCGAAAAGCUCGAGCCGAACUCACAAAAUUCGGAUGGGAUACUUUAGGAUAUUCGGAGGAUUUUAAGCUGCCACCAGUCAAAGACACCAUUUUAAGAAUCGAUUGUGAAGAAUUGACGGUUGAUGAAUUCCGCGAAAAGUAUGAGAGGACAAGAACACCGAUUAUUAUCACAGGAUUGACGAAAAAUUGGCAAGCUAAUGAGAAAUGGACGUUAGAGGUAACAUAAAAAUAUGAUUUCAAAUUUUUCAGCAAAAUUUUUCUUCAGAGAAUCGCUCGAAAAUAUCGUAACCAGAAAUUCAAGUGUGGCGAAGAUGAUGAUGGAUUUUCGGUGAAGUUGAAAAUGAAAUAUUAUCAUGAUUAUAUGGUGAAUAAUAUUGACGAUAGUCCACUCUAUAUUUUUGAUUCGAGUUUUGCAGAUGUGAGUUUUCAAAAGUUUCGGAAAAUAUUUCAUAUCCCUCGAUCUUGCAGCGUCAUAAAACUAAACAAUUGCGAGAAGAUUACGAAGUUCCAAAAUAUUUCGAAGAUGAUCUUUUCAAUUAUGCCGAUUCAAAAAAGCGCCCACCACAUCGAUGGUUUGUUAUGGGACCAGCUCGCUCUGGAACUGCUAUACAUAUCGAUCCACUUGGAACUAGCGCUUGGAACACUUUGAUUCAAGGACAUAAAAGAUGGGUUCUUAUUCCACCAAAUGCUCCAAGAGAUAUUGUAAAACCAUUGUCACAUGAAAAAGGAAAACAUCCGAGUGAAGGAAUUACUUGGUUUAACACAGUUUAUAAGCGAGUUCGAAGUCCGGGUUGGCCGCAGGAAUAUGCUCCGAUUGAAUGUAUUCAGGGACCCGGAGAAACUAUGUUUGUACCGGCUGGAUGGUGGCAUGUUGUAUUGAAUGAAGAUCAUACGAUUGCAGUCACACAGAAUUAUUGUUCGAUUGAGAAUUUGCAUCUGGUUUGGCCGAAAACAGUUAAAGGAAGACCGAAAUUGAGUAAACAUUGGUUGAAAAGGUAAAUCAAGAAGAGAACCAGAUUUGUCCUAAUUCCGAUUUCUCAGAAUCACUGCCGAACGACCCGAAUUACUACCGAUUAUUCGAGAAUGUAGCGAAAAUGGUAUCAAUGAUAUGAACGAUUCUUCAAGCGAUUCAUCAAGCUCGUCUUCAUCUUCUGAUGAUUCUUCAGAUGAUGAUGAUUCGGGAUGUGAUCGAGAAGAUCAAGGUUCGUGCAGUGGAACAACUCGAAAACGAAAAAUUAGUGGAACUAUGAAAUGUGAAGAACAAUGUCCCGAAAAAACUAGUCGCAGUCAUGAAAAAGAAAGUUGCGCAUAA